AUGUCACUAGAAUUCGUGUACAGUGAAAAAGGAAAAAGAAAAUUAAUUGACUCAGGUCACUUGUUCGUAAAAGAUGCGGCUACAGAAGAAAAAACUUUCUGGAAAUGUGAUCAAUAUCAAAAUCUUGUAUGUCGGGCACGUUUGCAUACUCGUCAUGACAAAAUUGUAAAGAGAGUCGGUGAACAUAACCACGCAGGAAAUGCUGCUCGGGUCGAAGUUGUUAAGGUUGUGAAUCAAAUGAAAAAUGAUGCUAGGGAAACGCAGGAUGUUCCUCAACGAAUUAUCACCAAUUCUUUUAUUAGCCUUUCUCAGGCGGCUUCUGGCCUAAUGCCAAAUAUUUCUAUACUUAAAAAGACUAUUCGAAAUACCAGGCGUCUUGCUGAUCGUGCACCACCGAAUCCAAAUUCUUUGGUGGACCUAGUCAUCCCUAAUGACUAUCAAAUUACACACCAUGAUGAUCAAUUUCUUAUGUUUGAUAGCAAUGAUGGGUGGCACAGAGCCUUUAGUGAGCUAAUUGGAGCUAGCCAUCCAACAGUAUGGAAAUUCAUUUCAUCCUUGAAAGACGAACAAGCUUUAAAUGAAGGAAAAAUAGAACAGUAUGUUGCUGGUGCCAAUCCGCCUCCAAGCAAAAAGGUUUAUCGAGACACGGCAGUUCGAAUUAAACGUAUAGUACAAGAUUACGAUAACCGUGAUAGAAUGGAUUAUCUUCGUGGAUUGGCCCAUAAUUUUAACUUCAAGGCGCAUCUCUCUUGA